ACUUUCCAGCUGGGACAGACCAUGAGCAAUGACUUGACUGCCUGGGACAACACGACAGAGAGCACAACGACAGUGCCCGGCGAGGUGAACACGCAAGAUGGGUAUGUGCUGCUCCUCGUGCUGCUCUCCAUCUUCAUCGGAGGGACCCUGGUCCUGCUGUCCGGGAUCCUGAUUAUCUGCCGCCGGUGCUGCCAGACGGACCGCAGGCACUCCAGUGCCCGUGGCAGGUACACGCUGACCGAGGGGGAUUUCCACCAUCUCAAGAACGCCCGGCUGACCCACCUCCACGUCCCGCCGCCCGCCCUCAGAAUCGUCACCAUCCACGAGUGUGAGUCGAGCGAGAACAGCCUGGCCAUGUCGCCCCGCCUGCCCCCGCCCAAGCCCGGCCUCGCCAUCUUCCAGCCCCCAGGGGGCACCCUGCCCCAGACAGCCCUGACCGCCCACGCCAUGUGCCCCAGUUCUGCCCUGCCUGGCGACACCUACAACUCCACCGUGGACACCAGCUUUGCUGAAGCCAGCCCAUCCAUCUCCUCCUCCUCUGGGGAGAGCCCUUCGUUUGAAGGGGCCGCCAGGAGUGCAAAAGGCACCGGAGCGGGCGGCGUCGGACUCGGGGAGCCCCCACCACCCCCUGCCCAGGGCACCGUGCUGCAGUUCUUCACCCGCCUGCGGCGUCACGCCAGCCUCGAGGGCGCCAGCCCCUACUUCAAGAUCAAGAAGUGGAAGAUUGAGAGCAACCAGCGGGCGUCCAGCCUGGACACCAGAGGCUCACCCAAGCGGCGUCAGUUCCAGAGGCAGCGGGCGGCGAGCGAGAGCAUGGAGCAGGAGGACAGAGACGCCCAUCAGACGGGCAUCAUCCAGUACAUUGCCCGGACAGAUGACAUAGCCUUCCGCCCCAUGGCUGGGCCCUUCCUGCCAUCCCCCUCCAGCCCCCCACCCUCUCUCGGCAGGUUAGAGCCAGCAGAGGCGGGCGGGGGCAGCGUCCCCGAGGCGCCCAGCACGGAGCAGCAGACCAUCUACCACGACAUCUGGAGCCUGCGGGCCUCCCUGGAGCUGUAUGCCUCGUCCGAGCAGAGCAACGACCGGGACUCCGUGCGCAGCGAUGGGGGCGACAGCGUCUGCUCGGCCGGGGGCGGCAUCCCCGGCUUCCCCUCUUCCCUGGAGGAAGCCGAGGGCCUGGACGAGCGGCCGUGGGCCCGGCCCAGGCAGGAGAGCGCGGAAGCAGAGCCGGGCACACGCAAGCUGCUGCAGAUGGACAGCGGCUACGCCUCCAUCGAGGCGCCGAGCCGGGCGGGUGAGGACGGGCGCCCCAAGGACCAGACGGCCUCAGAGAAGCGCAUCUGCUUCACCAGCGCUGGGCGCAAGGGCACCAUCUUCGAGAGCUUCGAGGGGCACGAGCCUGAGGAAGAGGAGGAGGAAGAGGGGGCGGUGGGGGGGCCGCUGCCCCACAGCCCCCUGGCCUGGUCCCCCUAUGGGCAGAUGUUCCCAGCCCGGGACGCGCUGCCCCGGCGGGACUACAGCAUCGACGAGAAGACGGACGCCCUCUUCAACGCCUUCGUCCGUCACGACCCGCAGUUCGACGACUCGCCCCUGCGUGCCAAGCACCGCUCCCGCACUCACCUGCGCAAGCAGUGGCAGCGCUCCAAACAGUACAGCGACCCCGGCGUGCGCUACCCACCCGCCCUGGAGCGCCACCGGACCCCGCUGCGCCGGGGAGACAGCCUCAACUACCCACCGGACAGCCGCUACCACGGCACCCUGCCCCGCAUCGUCCGCGCCGAGGAGGCGGGCGAGGCCGGGGACGGCUCCGCCGUGGCGGACGCCGACGCCAAGAUCCAGGUGAUAGAGGAGGAACCGUCCGAACUGGCUGGAGACCCCAAGCUGGCUUCCGAUCCCUACGACGAAGACUGCCCUGGCAAUGGCCAUGGCCCGGGCUGCGGCCCCCAGCCCCUAGGGGCUGAGCUGAUGGACAAGAUCAUGGGGGGCCUCGAGGACAGGCUGUACGGGCACUUGAGAAAAUCGAGAGAGAGUCCGGAGUGUCUGGUGGCCGUGGCCUCUCCCGACCACAGCCCCGUCUAAGGGGCGGGGGAGCGGACCGAGCUCACUCAUCCACUGAGUCAGGCUUCAGGGCUUCAACCCCUUCCACAGCUGGCACUGCCACCAC